AUGCCUUUUAGUUUUAAUGGUCUAAGUCAAUACAAAGCUGUCAUUAGAAUGAUGGCUGUUUUCCAUGAUGAAAUCACAAAGCAGGAGAAUUUAAUGAAAGAAAUUAAUCGAUUUGUACUUCGGCCAAAGGAAACGACGGUCCGCCAUGUAUUGAAGAUUCCCGAAUUGGAAUGA